UUUUUUAUAUUACCGUUUUUGUAUUAAUUUUUGUAAUUUUUUUUUAUAUAUUUAUAUACUUGAGUUUAUGUGUAUUUUACGUUAACAAUUCACAUUGAUCGAGUCACUGAAUUUCGUUUCUACUAUAAAAGGAUUUAGAAAAUUGUGUAAAUGUUUAAAAUGGACUCUAUACAAUUGCCGCAACAACAUAGCCAAUCUGGACAUGACCGUGAAAAAGUCUACCAGUGGAUUGUCGAUCUGUGCAAUGCCGAUACUAGAGAAAACGCUCUCUCUGAACUCAGUUCUAGACGUGAAAUUAUCCAUGACCUUGGUCCACUUAUUUGGCAUACAACAGGAACUAUUGCUGCUUUACUAUUUGAAAUAGUGUCAACCUAUCAGUAUGUUAAUCCGCCUAGUAUGACGUUGCAACAAGUCACUCGUCUAUGUAAUGCACUUGCUCUUCUACAGUGUGUGGGGGCUCAUCCACAAACUCGAUCUCAGUUCCUGAAGGCACAAAUACCAUUAUACAUGUAUCCAUUUUUACAUAAUGGUAACAAAUGUCGUAACUUUGAACAUCUAAGGCUCACGAGCUUAGGUGUCAUUGGUGCCUUAGUAAAGACAGAAGAGCCAGAAGUCAUUACAUUUUUGUUGACGACUGAAAUUAUUCCGCUGUGUUUGCGUAUCAUGGAAACGGGGUUUGAGCUAACUAAAACAUUGUCAACAUUCAUACUGCAAAAAAUACUCAUGGACGACAACGGUUUGAGUUACAUCUGCCAAACAUAUGAUCGAUUCUCUCACGUGGCGUUAAUCUUAGGCAAAAUGGUAUUAGCACUGGAGAGAGAACCGUCAACCAGACUCUUAAGACAUGUUGUGGGUUGUUAUGUGAGAUUGUCUGAAAAUCCAAGGGCUCGGGAAGCUUUACGCCAGUGUCUCCCUGAACAACUCAAGGACAUGUCUACAUUUUCGGACUGUCUAAACCGAGAUCAAACUAUUACUGCAUGGUUAAUAUUGUUGAAAAAGAACUUGGAUUCUGCUUUGCCUAUUGACGUAUCACCCGGCGUGCCUUCACUUAUCAAACCAUAAUCAUAACACCAGUUGUACUAUUAUUAUUAUCAUUAUAAAAAAGAAAAAAGAAAAAAAAACGAAAAUUAGAUUUAUCUUAUUGAUUACCAUAUAUCAAUCAGAUAGUUAGUAACAAAUGACAGUGUACUUAUUGUUAGACUUGUGUAAGUUACACGGGUGAGAAGCGGAUACUAAAUUAAUUAUUUUUUAUUAAUAAAAAGUAACAGAAGUCUGACUUGUUAUGUUUUUAGUUAAAUACAUGUUACAUUAGGUAAGGCAUUUUAAUAUGCGAAUAACGCCAAUAAUAGUAGUAUCAAACUAUAUAUAUAUUUAUUUAUUAUAUAUAUAUUUUUAAAUUAUUAUUAUUGUUACUUGUUCUUAUGGGCCUAAUGCUUAAAUAACAAAGUUUAUUGUAUACAAGGCUUAUUGUUUCAAAGACUGUUGUAGUUGCGGGCGAUUAUCUCGUUUGGCCAAUGGAUUAUGUUUUGGAUUUAGCGUGUAAUAAAUAAAUAACAUAGCAGCCGACAAUCUUAUUACCGAAUCAUUGUCCGUAUAAUCUUUGAUCCAAUCUACUCGACCCCAUUUUGUACACUAAAAGUUUUAAACAAAAUGCAUUUAAAAAAGUAUACUAGUUGUAAUAAUGUAUGUGAAUAAAAAAUAAU